CGGAAGUCAUUUGGCGCAGCCGUUGUUAGUGACGCUUUCGUGUCUUUCAAGUAGAACAAUGGUUUAGUUUGUUGUUGGGAUUUACUUCAUUUUAGGCACGUAGAAUCGAAAUAUGACCGUUAAAAACAAUAUUGAUUGUGAAGACAAUGAGAUUUUGCAAGAUACUUGGGAUACAAAACACUCCGGUGAUGCUGUACCAACUAAUGACUUGGUGUCAUUGUCAUGGCUUCAGAAAGAUGAUAUUUUGCAGAUAACUCCUUUGGAUGAGGAGGAAGAAAAUGGCAGUGAUUCUUUAAACUCCACUGUGAUCAAAAGUCAAGAUAGUGAAGACACCAAUCGCAAUUCAGGAUUACCCGUCGAAUCUCAGGAAUCCUACUACUCGUCUCCACCAGUGUCUGAACCACCCCUCUCUAUUUUCGGUAGAAGCAUUCGUCGUCCUGCAUCAGUAUCAGGAGAACAGUUUUAUGGAGAAACUACACGGUAUCGAGGCAAUCCGUCACUUACUGUCACUGGCAAAGGACUUGAUAAACCAAACUACAGUUAUACUCACCUUAUAUUUAUGGCAAUCGAAUCGACACCACAAAAGUGUAUGACUGUCAAUCAAAUAUAUAACUGGUGUGAAUCGAACUUCCCGUUCUACAAACAUGCUGGCGCUGGUUGGAAGAAUUCUUUAAGGCAUAAUUUAUCUAUCAACAAGUCUUUCAAACGUUUACCUCGUGAUAGUCGUGGCCCAGGUCGAGGUGCUUUCUGGACAGUUGAGCCUCGUGAGAGAGCUACCUUAUUGGAUGCCAUCAAACGAACCCCAUGGAACAGCAAUAACACAUCUGCAGCUGGGGGUCAAUCACUUAAUGAUAGUGGCAGUACAAAUUCUGUCAGUGCAUUUCCAGUCGGACGGUUUGGUCUUGCACGAAGCGCUCCCAGUCAGCUUUUGCGUGCUGAGGGUUUAGGGAGUGAUCAGUUUGGAUCUAUGGUUGGAGAAUCUGCACCUCAAAUUCGGCUGUUGUACACUAGUGAUGGCAAUGUUGUGGCCACAUACGAUAGUUCAUUCAUUGACCCGUCAAAUUCUGGACCUGAUAGUACAACAGAUGUUAAAGCAAUGGUAUCUGAUUCAACUUUCUCUGAUCAUAGAUACUGGUCCUCACCAUCUGACGAAGCAACUAGUAUUGAUAGUGCUUCAGCUGAAGUUGAAUGGCCAGCCGAAGAAGAAGAGAAGUACUUAAACAUUCUACGCCUGUUGAAUGAAACUGAAGCGACCAACAAUGCUAAACUGAAUUCACCUACUCCAGAUCAACCAGGUGGAGAUGGUUUUCUGUCUAAUGAAGUAAAACGUGAUGCUUGGGAAAAAAUGAUCGGGACACACAUUUUAGAGGAUCCGAAACUGGUCACGAAGCAAAGGAGGAAAUCACGCUUAUUACCAACACGCAUAAAUAAGUGUAAUGAAUGCAAAGAAAAUGUAAAUGGCUGUGAAUCAUGUCUUGCUAAACGCUCUGAAGUUCUUAAUAGUAAUUAUGUUCGUACCACUCUAAAAGAAUAUGAUCUUGAUAUCAGCAAUAUGUUGGACUGUGAUCAAGAACCUGGUCCUGCUGGUGGACCACUCACGAGAAAUUCAAAUACCAAGAUGUUGAAACCACCUCCCUCUCCAACUGCUGCAAAGACUGAUGAUGAUGAUUUGAGUGAUAAAAAAAACCCACUGAAAUCUGAGGAAGAGGUUUAUUCAUCGAAUGAAGUCUACGUUACUCCAUCGCCGUAUAUCGAUCAUGAAUAUUCCCACUGUCAGGCACAGCUUCGUCGACCUGAAGAAAAUCAACUAGUCAAUAAAUAUAAUGACAAUUAUUUCUCUGAAAGACUUACAGAGUUGAUGAGUCUUUAUCCUCUUGUCAAAGCUUUCGUAGAUACUAUAGUCAAUGAUAUGAAUGUUGACUAUGAAACCGAUGGAUUUGAUGACGGUUUCAGUUCAUCGGAGCAAGAUAUGUACAGUGAAGAUUAUGAUAAUGAAAAUCAACAAAUAAUAAGCAAAGAUUCUAGCAGUCAUGAACAAUGUGAUUGUGACUACAUUUCUGCUAAACGAAGCAGCAGCUAUCGUCGUCAAAGUUGUUUACAAACCUCAGAUUUCAAUGUUCGUCAACGACGUCCAAAAAUUGCCUCACGUGGCAGCAUUAGACGACGCAGAGGUGGUGGUGGUGUUGGUGGUGCCGCCAGGGCAAUGAAAUUGUCUGCCUCACUUAAUAGCAAUCCUACUCGACGAUCGAAACGAGUGAUUAAAGCUCCUCGUCGUCCGUAUGAUGACUUUGAAAAUGUUGACUAUUACGAUUAUGAGUUAGACAAUGAUGAAUCGGAUAGAAUUGUGGAAAAAGAAGAAGAAGAGGAGGAUCCACGGCCUUCUGACGUUGAAUCGGAAAAUGAAAAUCAAGCUAAUCACACUGAAAAUCAUAAAUAUCGAAAAAAUUUCUUCCUAUCCAAAUCAUUAAAGCGUCCCUACCAGGCAAUUAUUGACUCACAUUCUAAUUCAGAUAACUGUGAUCGAUAUCUGUCGCCGAGUAUUGAUGCUGACUACGAGAGUUCAGAUGAUAAUGAAGAUGACAAUUAUCAUCGGUACAAUGAUUCUGCAAUUCAACUGAGUCAAAUAAAAAAUCGUAAAUCAUCCUAUGAAAUAAAUAAUGUAUGGACUUCUGUGAUGAAGUGUUCAGUCAGUAGGCGAAAAAUUCAUGAAUCUAUCGCCUCAGAAGACUGCCAACACACUUUCCUUGAACAUGAUCGAACAAAAGAAGAAGAUUUAGACAAUAGUAUUGUGAAGUACGAAGAAGAAGUGGUUGAAGAACCACUGGAACAAGAACAACGCAGUGAACAAACAGCCGUUGAUGCAGCUCAUCUGUUAAUGGGUAUGAGUCAGAUACAAAGUUUCAAAAAACAAUCGGGUUGUGUCAAUCUCGACUCCAGUGAAGACAGUUCAAUGUCAGAGUCUACAAUGACGCUUAGCUUGGAUACACAUCCUAGUGAAGCACCACCACCAAAACCUCUUCAUCAAGUAUCAGAAGCUAUAAAUUGAAAUCACACACACACACAAAUGUAUGUUGUGGAAACUUA